AUAAAUAAUAUUUGUGUGUAUUGUUUUUUUCUUUCAUAUACUCCGCAGGAGAAAAGGCAAAACUGAAGAUUUGAAGUUAGGCCCUAAGAUUCCUCAGAGAUAGAAAUUCCGGUGAAGAGAAUAUGUCAACGGGAAUCGCCGGCGGUCGUCUGGCGGAGGAGCGGAAAUCAUGGCGCAAGAAUCACCCCCACGGCUUCAUUGCUAAGCCGGAGACGCGUGGUGGUUUGGUUAACAUGAUGGUGUGGCAAUGCAGUAUUCCUGGAAAGGCCGGGACUAUUUGGGAAGGAGGUCACUACCCUCUCACAAUGCAUUUCAGUGAAGACUACCCAAUCAAACCGCCAGAGUGCAAAUUUCCCCAAGGAUUUCUCCACCCCAAUAUCCAUACUUCUGGAAACGUUUGCCUUUCCAUCCUCAAUGAAUACAAGGGUUGGAAACCAGCCAUAACAGUAAGGCAGAUUCUGAUUGGUAUCCAAGAUUUGUUAGAUCAUCCAAAUCCAGAGGACCCUGCUCAAGGAAUUGUACGUGACCUCUUUGUUCGGGACCGGAGGGAGUAUGAUCGGAGAGUUAUAGAGCAGGCCAAGCAAUACCCUCCUCCAUUGGCAUAAGUAUUUGUCAAACCAUACUUUUUGUGGUAGUGUGUUGUAAUGGGUGACAAAAUCUUGUGGUUUAUAUUCAAUUUCAGUGGUUUAUUUCAGUCUUUGUGCCGAUUGAUUAAAUUUGAGUAUUCAAACAUUUUCUUCCUCAAUAACCACGAAUUAGUGCUUGUGUACCAAACAAACAAAAGUGGAUUUGGAGUUUGGACAUUGGGCUGGGUCUGGUAU